AUGAGGCCACUAUGUUUCCUUAUCAUGAUUAACGACACUGUUCUAGAUACCGAGCAUCACUGGAAUUACGCAGAUGACUUGAUCUUCGCCGCUGCCAUUGAUAGUUCCUGUCCUGACCACUCCGACAUCCAGCGCACCCUCGACAACCUCCUCCCUUGGAGAACCGCAAAUCACGUAACUAUCACUCGCCAGAAGUCGGUCGUGAUGCAGUUCGACUCCACCAACCCCGCCACCGCGCCCAUCCUCACGUACGAAAAUAGGCUGAAAUGUAAAUACAAUCAGAACAGACGCGAUAGCACACCCCGCGUCUUGUCGCGUCGCCCUGAAGCUGCCUGUUCGCCGUGUGACGCGACGGAGCGCGAGCGCCACGAGAGCAUGGGGACCUUCAGACGCUCGUCUCUGAUUCGGGGCCUUCUGCUGACUAGCUUUCUGUGCCUUCACGCUGGAAACUGCUCUCCGUCCUCUCAACAGCCCCGUGUGGGGCUGCCACCCUCCAAAGGCGAGGCCGGAAGGGAAGGCUCCGGUCGGACGCCUGCCGACUUCCCGCCGAAGGGAUCGGGAUCUUCGGGGAACACAGGAGAGCUGCGGACCUCGAGAAUUAAAGCGUUUUGGAAGAAGUGGGACCUCGGUGGCCGUUCGCAGCGUAAGGAAGGAAGGAAGGAACACGCGAAAUGGAACCUUCUUUCUAGGAAAACCCCGCAGCAAAAGGACGAUUCUGGCUUCCCCCGGCAACAACCGCAGUUCGAAUGAUUUCUCCACAAAUGCCUUAACUGACAAACGCAUUGAAAAAAGCAAGUGAGGAAACGAAAUACAGAAUGGGAAGUGGAGAUCAUAAAUUGCAAACAUUAACAUGAUAAUUGAAUGGAAGAACAGGAUAACAAUGAAAAUUCACAUAGACUUAUCUCCUCUUCACUCAUACCUUCUGUCGUUCGUUCAAAAGUUCAAAUUAUAAGGAACUAUAAUUGUGCUGUUCUUUUCUUUUUUGUAGGCCAAAGUUGCAAAAUAUAUAUAAUUUCCAAUUCCCUUAUUCACAGAGACUGCAUCUGGGCUUUCAUUACUAUUUACUAAAUAUAACGUCAGUUAGUAUGCAAAUGCUGAUUUCCUGUGGCAAGAAUGGGCAGUGAACGAGAGAGCGAGAGAGAGAGAGAGAAAGAGGGAAAGAGAGAGAGAGAG